UCAGAACAAUUAAUCAUAGAUAUUGGGGAUUUCUGGAAGGUUUGUAUCAUGGUAAUGGAAUUCUGCGAUGACAAAUGGGGUCCAUUCCGUAUUGCAUUGGUUUCGGACUUCUUCUGUCCUAAUGCAGGUGGUGUUGAAACGCAUAUAUAUUUCUUAGCAAAAUUUUUAUUACAAUUGGGUCAUAAAGUUAUUGUUAUAACCCAUGCAUAUGGCCAACGACGGGGUGUUCGAUAUCUGUCAAAUGGUCUUAAAGUCUACUACUUACCAUUUAUUGUCAUAUAUAAUGGCAGUUGUCUUCCUUCAAUUAUUGGUUCAUUGUAUUGGUUUCGAAGAAUUUAUUUGGAAGAGCAAAUACAGAUAGUACAUGGGCAUUCUACUUUCUCUGCAAUGGCACACGAAGCAAUGAUUCAUGCAUGGUGUUUGGGUUUGCGAACUACGUUUACCGAUCAUUCUUUGUUUGGUUUUGCUGAUGCAUCUGCAAUUCUCAUGAAUAAAUUAGUGUUACAGUAUUCACUGGCAAAUGUAGAUAGAAUUAUUUGUGUUUCUUAUACGAGCAAGGAAAAUACGGUAUUAAGAAGUGGUGUGCCCGCAAACAAAGUUGCUGUCAUUCCAAAUGCAAUUGAUACAGAUUUAUUUGUUCCUGAUCCAUUUUUAUUUUACAAUAAUCCAACAACAGUAAUCGUUCUUUCAAGACUCGUAUAUCGUAAAGGAGCAGAUAUCCUUGUAAGAAUUAUACCUCGUGUUUGUUCACGUCACAAGUCAGUACGAUUCAUUAUCGGAGGUGAUGGGCCAAAACGAGUUGAAGUGGAAGAAAUGCGUGAACAACAUCGUUUGCAAGAUCGUGUCAUAAUGCUCGGCUCCCUCCCUCAUGAUCAGGUGCGUGAUGUCCUUGUGCAAGGUCAGAUAUUUUUGAACACUUCGCUUACUGAAGCUUUUUGUAUGAGCAUUGUUGAAGCUGCUUCUUGUGGUCUACACGUUGUAUCAACCAAAGUUGGUGGGAUUCCAGAAGUCUUACCGAAGCAAUUUAUUUCGCUAGAAGAACCAGAGCCAGAAAAUCUAAGUGAUGCUUUGUUGGAAGUGAUUCGACUGCGUGAAAAUGGUCAAUUAAUGACACCGGAAGUUAAGCACAACAUGAUUUGUCAAAUGUACUGUUGGCCAGACAUUGCAAAACGGACUGAAAAAGUUUAUUGUUCCGCGUUGCAAUGCCCACAAAUAUCCUGGUUUGAAAGACUUUCAAGGUAUUAUCAUUGUGGAAUUGGAUUAGGUAUGCUGUAUAUAUGUGCUGUUUUACUAAACAUGAUACUUGUCACAAUUUUCAAUUAUUUGGAUCCAGUAAUUAAGGUAUUUUGA